AUGGCGACAAUCAAUUUCGAUAUCAACGAUGCGCUCAGGGACUAUUUGUCUGAUCCCGCUUCUAUACCGACUGCAGAAGCCGAUAGCUCCCUUCUUGAUUGCGAGAAUGAGCCCGAGUCCCUCACAAACCAACUCAUCAACCCUGUGUUGAACCCAAUUGUAGACGCAGUUGCUGAAGAUCCGGAUGCGAUAACGCGCGCAUACAACAUGGAUUCACUACAGUUUUUGCUCAAGUUUGCUGCUUUUCUUCCCACACACGCCCUUAGCAAGGUGUUCGACUUGAUUAUGAGCGGCUUGAGUGCCGAAGUCGAUGCGGCUCACAGCGACAUGGAAUCCCCCGACGAUGAAGGCACUCUGCCGCAUCACAAAAAACUGCUUGAAAUCUUUGGUUUCCUUCUUCAAUGGACUAUCGCGGCUGUAGAGGCCAAGGCUGCCGAGAAGUCUUCCACAGCGCCUGCAGCCAGAGGAAGAGGCAAGGCCAAGAAAGGGACGACCAAGGAAGAUACAUGGGACUCUACGGCACAGCUGCAGUCCGCACUGGACAUCAUGUGCAAAGUACUGAAACUCAAGCUGACCUCGAUCUUCUUGACGACGAGCGAGCGAGAUACAUUCGUUGGCCUCCUCACGCGGCCAGUCUAUAUGAUUCUAGAGAGCGAGCAGCGUGCCAAAUCAGUUCCUAUCAGGAUGCACUGCUUUAAGGUUCUCUGCAUUGCUGUCAAGCAUCAUGGACAUGGAUAUGCGGCGCAGAUUAACGUUAUCCAGAAUCUGACAUACUUCGAACAUUUGUCCGAGCCUAUGGCUGAAUUUCUGCACAUUUUGGCCGAGACAUACGACUACCCACAGCUGACGGAUGAAGUGCUAAGAGAGAUUGGCAACAAGGAAUUCAACUCCAACGAUACUCGCGGGCCAAAGUCCAUCUCUUCCUUUAUCACCAAGAUUUCCGAGCUGGAGCCGCGAAUAGUCAUCAAGCAAAUGACAAUGCUUGCGAAGCAGCUUGACAGCGAGUCUUACACUCUUCGAUGCGCCCUCAUUGAAGUAUGCGGUAACAUGGUCUCGUACCUCAGCAAUCAAAAUGAGCGCAGUGAAAGCCACAAAUCCCAGCUCAACGCCUUUUUUGACGUUCUAGAGGAGCGGUUCCUUGAUAUCAACCCUUACUGUAGAUGCAGGACCCUACAGGUGUAUAUGAAGCUCUGUGAUUUGGAUUUGAAGUUCCCCAAACGACGCCAAAAGGCUAUUGAGCUUACCUGCCGGAGUCUCGAAGACAAGAGCAGCAAUGUUCGCCGAAACGCCAUCAAGUUGAUGGGAGCCUUCAUCAAGACUCACCCCUUCACCGUCAUGCAUGGUGCGCAACUCUCCCAGAAGGAGUGGCAGGCCCGAUACGACAAGGUUCAGGAAGAACUAGAUGCUCUGAAGCCACCUCCCGGAAUUCCCGGAUUUGGCGAAGAGAAUGGCAACACGACAGUUGACCUAACCCUUCUGGACGAUGCCACUCAGCUUGCUUCGCCUGGAAAGCCCCAGCCGAUGACUGAGGAGGAAAAGCUCGAGGCCAUCAAGAAGGCUCGGGAGGAGGCUGCCACUAGCGAAGCCAUUGAAAAGCUCACUCUCACGCGUCGGUACUACAGCGAAGCUCUCAAGUUCAUUGAAGUGCUGCACGAAGCGACAGGCACCAUCUGUCAACUUCUUGGAUCGCGAAACAAGAGCGAGGUCCUUGAGGCUAUCGAUUACUUUGAGAUUGGAGAUGCCUAUAACAUUGAGCAGAACAAGGUCGGAAUCCGCCGCAUGCUUCGAUUGAUUUGGACAAAGGGUAACAGCGAUGAGGGUAAGGGUGUCCAGACCCAUCUCAUUGAAUGCUACAAGCGUCUCUUCUUUGAGGCUCCAACUUCAUUCAGCCCCAACGACGCUGCAAAUUACAUCGCACGCAACAUGAUUAGUCUUACCUUUGGCGCAACCCCGGCCGAACUCACAUCAUUAGAGCAAUUGCUGUCAACUAUGAUGAAGGGGGGUAUGAUCCCCGAUGCUGUUAUCAACAAGCUCUGGCAAGUGUAUGGUGUGCAAAAGCGAGAAAUCUCGAGGACUCAACGACGUGGUGCAAUUAUUAUCCUAGGAAUGUUAGCCACAGCCAAUCCUGAGAUCGUUGUCGGGGAGAUUGAGACGAUGCUUCGAACAGGCCUCGCUUCACAUGGUCGCAAUGACUUGCAGCUGGCCAAGUUCACUUGCAUUGCACUGCGAAGGAUCAACCCGACGGGCCGCCAAGCAAAGGAUUCCACAGUUAAGUUCUCGCGACUCCCGAACGACCACGCGGUGUGUGUGAGGCUUGCAGCCAUUUCCGAGGUGCCUUCCGACAGCAAAGAGUGGUACGGUGUUGCCGAACAGGCAAUCGAUGCUAUCUAUGCUAUUGCAAAGCACCCAGAUACACUCUGCUCCAACAUCAUCCGACGCAAAACGAGGACAGUAUUUGGACAGCCACAAUCACGACCUACUUCACGCGAUGAGACGCAGCAGAUAACGCAGAAUAUUACACAACAUGUGGGUGCCUUCUCAGACCCAACCAUGACUCAAAUACCUAUGAGCCAAACAAACAAACCGCCGAAUAGAGAUAAUGCCAUCAGCUUGUCGCAGUUGCUGUUCAUUGUUGGGCAUGUCGCUAUCAAGCAGAUCGUGCACCUCGAAAUGUGCGAGCUUGACUUCAAACGCAGAAAGCAGGAGAAGGAAAAGCUCGCAUCUGCAGGCAAGGCAGACAAGCCAAAGGAGGACGCUGAUGAGCUAGAUCUCAUCGGUGGCACCUCGGAGGAUGAUUUCACUGAGGCGAUUGCGCACAUUCGAGACCGGGAGCUUCUUCACGGGCCCAACUCACUCUUGGCUCUCUUUGGACCUCUGGUUUCAGACAUUUGCAACAACAACACCACUUAUGCUGACAAGGGUCUCCAAGCUGCUGCUUCACUCUGCCUAGCCAAGCUCAGUUGUGUCUCAUCUGAAUACUGCUCGGCGCACCUUCCACUGCUUAUCACCAUUAUGGAGCUUUCACCCGACCCUAUUGUUCGAUCCAACGUGGUCAUUGCGCUUGGUGACAUAGCUGUGAGCUUCAAUCACCUCAUCGACGAGAACACAGACUACCUCUACCGCCGAUUAGCAGACGAGGAGGCGUCGGUCAAGCGCACCUGCUUGAUGACCCUCACCUUCCUCAUUCUAGCCGGGCAAAUCAAGGUCAAGGGGCAGAUCGGCAUGAUGGCCAAAUGUCUAGAGGACGAGGACCGCCGGAUCGCAGACCAGGCAAGAAUGUUCUUCACCGAACUCAGCACCAAGGAUAAUGCUGUAUACAACCACUUUAGUGACAUGUUUGGUUUGCUCAGCAACGAUAAAAUGGACGAGGAGAGCUUCAAGAGAGUUGUGCGCUUCCUGCUAGGAUUCGUAGAAAAGGAAAAACAUGCCAAGCAGCUCGCAGAGAAGCUCGCGGCCAGACUGAGCCUCUGCAAGACAGAGAGGCAGUGGAACGAUGUCGCUUUUGCCAUUGGACUCUUACCACACAAGAACGAGGAUAUCGCGAAAUUGAUCUCCGACGGCUUCAAAUUCGUGCAGGCCAGUGCUUGA